UCGCCUCCACCACACCUCCCCCUCAGCCUCUCAGCCUCUCUCGUCUUCCCUCGGACUGCAGCAGAGAAACCGCUGCAUCGCAGGAGACAAGAAGCGAGAGAUCUCGGCGUUAUGCUUUCCAUCUCUGUCGCCGUGUAGACUCGUCGCGCUCGGAUACGAUGCGUCUGGUCCUCUGCAGGCUCUGCCUGGUGACCGCUGGCUGCAGCGUGGUAGACAGACGUGGACCUGACGUGUUGACAGGUCUUCUGAGAGGCCAUGCCAGUGCCACAGUAGAGAGAGUCCUGACAUGUCGUCCCAGCACAGAAACACGAUCCAGAAAUGAAACAUCUCUGAAGGAAAACAUGGUUACAACGGACACAUUUCUGAAUGUGUGAUACAUGAUGGUGGUCUCUUGUGCUGAGCUCUGACAGGGCGGAGGAUCUUUUCCGAUUUCAGAUCAACUGUCUUCAUUUCAGCGCUGUCUGGCUGCUCCCAUCCAAUGGAAUUAGACAUCGUUACUUAAUCAUUACUGUUCUGGCAACUGACUGACUUUUCUGCAUUAAUAAACUGCUUUGAGUCUGAUACUAGAAGACCAGAAAGAAAGAAAAAGAAAGGCACCUUACCUUUGUGGCAACCGGUGGAAUAAAUCUCAAUAGAUUUGAACUAAAAGACUUUUAGUGCCAAAUUUCCCCGUUCCAAGAUGGAUGAAACACAUAACAACAGGACUGCCUUGGCUAAAGGGGCCAAGGACAUUGCUAAAGAAGCAAAGAGGCACGCUGCCAAGAAUUUAAGCAAAGCCGUCGACCGGGCCUCAGACGAAUACUCGACCCAUCGCAGCUACAACCGCUUCCAGAACGAGGACGAAGAAGAGAACAACCGCAACACGUACGGUCAGCAAGACGGUCACUACGCCGACAACGCAGCUAACGACGACGAGGACGCGGCCUCGAGCGACGCCACCGAGGGCCACGACGACGAAGACGAGAUCUACGAGGGGGAGUACCAAGGCGUGCCGGCCCACAACGACGGGAAGCCGCGGGACGGUCAGGUGGCGCUGGGCCAGCUGGUUUCCGACAGCCUGAAGAGCCGCAAGGACCUGGAAAAUGAGAGACAGUCGGACGAGGAGGAGCUCGCCCAGCAGUACGAGCUGAUCAUGCAGGAGUGUGGCCACGGGAGAUUCCAGUGGCAGCUGUUCUUCGUCCUCGGGCUGGCGCUCAUGUCGGACGGCGUGGAGGUGUUCGUGGUGGGCUUCGUCCUGCCCAGCGCCGAGACGGACAUGUGUGUCCCCAACUCUGGUGCCGGAUGGCUCGGUAGCGUCGUGUAUCUGGGGAUGAUGUUUGGCGCCUUCUUUUGGGGCGGCCUGUCAGACAGGGUGGGGCGUAAACAGUGCCUGCUGAUAUCCCUGUCUGUCAACGGCUUCUUCGCCUUCCUGUCCUCCUUCGUCCAAGGCUACAGUAUGUUCCUCGUCUGCCGCAUGGUGUCCGGAUUCGGGAUCGGCGGAGCGGUGCCGAUCGUAUUCUCCUACUUCGCGGAGGUGUUGGCUCGGGAGAAGAGAGGAGAGCAUCUGAGCUGGCUGUGCAUGUUCUGGAUGAUCGGAGGAAUUUACGCCUCGGCCAUGGCCUGGGCCAUCAUCCCACACUAUGGCUGGAGUUUCAGCAUGGGUUCGGCCUACCAGUUCCACAGCUGGAGGGUGUUUGUGGUGGUGUGUGCGCUGCCGUGUGUCUCUGCAGUGGUGGCUCUCACUUUUAUGCCGGAGAGUCCUCGCUUCUUCCUGGAGACGGGUAAACACGACGAGGCCUGGAUGGUGCUCAAACACAUCCACGACACCAACAUGCGAGCCCGCGGGGAGCCGGAGAGAGUCUUCACCGUGAACCGGAUCAAGACCCCCAGGCAGCUGGACGACCUGGUGGAGAUGCAGAACGAGUCGGCCAACCCGGUUCUCAAGGUCCUCUUCAAGAUCAAGACUGAGCUCAGAGGAAUCUGGUUGACUUUCAUGAGAUGCUUCAACUACCCGGUGAAAGACAACACCAUCAAGCUGGCUGUAGUCUGGUUCACUCUGUCCUUUGGGUACUACGGGCUCUCUGUGUGGUUCCCCGACGUCAUCAAGCACCUCCAGGCCGACGAGUACGCCUCCAGAGUGAAGAUCCACAACAACGAACGCCUCGAAGACUUCACCUUCAACUUCACCCUGGAGAACCAGAUCCACAGAAACGGGGUCUUUCUAAAUGACAGGUUCAUCGGUAUGAAGUUCAAGGCGGUCACAUUCAUCGACUCCUCUUUCCUCAACUGCUACUUUGAAGAUGUCUCCUCCUUAGGAUCCUUCUUCAAAAACUGCACCUUUGUAGACUCCUUCUUCUACAACACGGAUAUUGACGACGUCAAACUAACAAAUUCCAGAGUGAUCAACAGCUCCUUCCACCACAACAAGACAGGCUGUCAGAUGACAUUCGAUGACGACUACAGCGCCUACUGGGUCUACUUCGUCAACUUCCUGGGAACGCUGGCCGUGCUGCCCGGAAACAUCGUCUCGGCCCUCCUCAUGGACAAAAUAGGACGUCUCAGCAUGUUAGGAGGCUCCAUGGUGCUGUCAGGCAUCAGCUGCUUCUUCCUGUGGUUCGGCACCAGCGAGUCCAUGAUGAUCUUCAUGCUCUGCCUCUACAACGGCCUCAGCAUCUCCGCCUGGAACUCCCUGGAUGUGGUCACCACCGAGCUGUACCCAACAGACAGGAGGGGAACAGGCUUUGGCUUCUGUAACGCCAUGUGUAAGCUGGCUGCGGUGCUGGGCAACCUGAUCUUUGGCUCGCUGGUUGGCAUCACCAAAGCCAUCCCCAUCCUGAUGGCGUCAUCUGUGUUGGUUGGCGGCGGGCUGGUGGGGCUCCGACUGCCAGACACUCGCGCCAAUGUCCUCAUGUAAACCUCGACACGGAACAGCGUGUUGUUCACCAGGUGUUUACUCAGCUUACUGAAUAAAUCAUCAGUCACGGACUCUGAUUCAUGUGAAUAUCACCGAAACAAGCAUUGCUGCCAUCCAUCUUGUUUUUUUAUUAUUUGAUGAAUGAUGUUCUCAAACAAGUACCGGACAAGUGAUUGUUAUUCUGUUCUAUCUGAGUAAAAUACCUGGUAAAUAAUACAGGUUAAUGCAAUGAGCCGUAGAUAUAGAGAGUCCAGAAACAAGUGGUGAUUAAAACUCUGUAUAUCAGCAGCUCGUUAGCUGUUUCACACAUGCAACCCACUAAUGCACGAGUCAAAGCUGCAAGAGGCUUGGACGGCCCUCAACCGUCCCCUUUGGAGUCCUGCUCAGAUAAAAGGAAUAGUUUGACGCUUUUGGAAACGUGCUUAUUCACACACUAGCAGCCAGUUAGCUUAGCAUAAAGACUGGAAGCACGCGGAAGUGCUAGUACAGCUCUGUCCAAUGGUAGAAAAACAAAAUCUGCCUCCCAACACCUCUAAAGCUCACUAACUAACACGUCAUAUGUUGUUUGUUUAAACUAAAAGACAUUGUCGUGAGCAGUUUCAUGUAUUUAACCAUAGUUUUUACAUGAAACUGCUCUCAACAAGGUCUCCCAUAAGGUCUGUGGAUUAUCUUGAGUAACCGGGUCAUGAUUACUGGAAAGAGUCAUGCUGUUGAGUUGUUCAAAUGUAUUUUUUGGCGCUUUGAGCAUCAUAGGCAGAGUGUUUUCUAGACCCUUGACACCCCAAAACAAUCUAGACUGAUAAAUAGCUCUACAGGUACGAAGAAAAACAGGUAUUUUUGAUUUUGGGGUGAACUGUCUCUUUAAGAAUUUUCAAACAACAGAUUGUGGUUUUAAGAAGGUUUAUGAGCCGGACUAUUUUUUGGUUAGGUGCAGAGCCAGGCUAGAUUUUUCCCUCUGCUUCCAGUCUUUAUGCUAGUUAACGUCUGGCUAACCUAGUUAAUGUCUGGCUAACCUAGUUAGCCAGACAUUCAUUUGGUCUAAGUCUCUAGUCGUUCUUUCUCGGUCAAGUCGAGUCAAGUCACAGGUUAUUUAAGUCAAGUAAAGUCAAGAUACUUCAGUAUUACCUUCAGUAUCCUGUCUUUACAAAGAGAAGAUACGAGGUAUUAGUACCUGUCCAGUAAUGUGUGAUAUUUUAACUGAAAACAUGAAAUGAGCACAUGAACUGAUCAAGUCAUGAAAACAGUGACUCGAGUCGACUUGAGUCCAAGUCACAAAGACUCGAGUCCUCGUCUCUGUAACUGGCUGCUGUCAGUCGCUUUAUCUUUGACAUAAUCUUCUCUUUUAACGUUCAACAAAAUGUGGAACUAUUCCAAAUCAUUUUGAAACAGUCUUUUAUGUGAUUAUGCUUCUUUACUGGUAAAGCUAUAUAUUUAGUAAUUUAUGUAUUUAUAGUAUUUAUGUUAGUUAUUGCUUCACCGGUGUGCUCUUGACCUCCGCUUCUACACCUGAGACCAGAACUCCACUGACGGUUGAACACGUUCGAGCCUUUUGCUGCAACUUGCAAGAAUGACAAGGCCAUAAUUAAAGAAAAUAAAAAAAAUCUAUAACGAUAUCGUAGUUUAGUCAAAACCGGCAACUUCAGCAGCUACAUUUCUAAAGUGAAAAGAAGUUUACAUUUUCUGCUUUUUACAGUAAGAGACUUUUGAGAUUGGAACCCUUUUUGUCUGAAUGCUUCCUCUCUCCCUCUCUCGUGUCUGUGUCGUGUUCGUCUUGUGGCACCGAGCUCAUCUUGUCAAGAAGAAUUUAUACUCUGCUGUUAUAAUCUGCUCUUCUCCUCGUUUCUUUGUCUCACCGUCUUGGUUUCCUCAUCGUGUCUUGUCCUCUUGCCUUGCUGCUGCUGCUCCCUCCAAAACUCAAAGGCCUUUCUCAAAUGUCGUGCCUCUCUCUCCAUUGAGCCCGUCUCUCCUUCCAAACCUUUGCAGGAAGCUUUGCUGCUCUGUCCUGCUUUUUUCGUCUCUCAUCUCUUGAUACUGCAGUGUGUGUGUGUGUGUGUGUGUGUGUGUGUGUGUGUGUGUGUCUAGACAAACCCUUAUAAUAUUCAAACCCGGUCGCAAGAAGAAAUUGGCAUUGUACGUUUUUUGUAAACAACGGAACAUCUUGGAUGUUGACGUAUCUAUACCAAAAAGUAACGUAACAACUUAACAACGUAUCAACUUAACAACGUAUCAACUUAACAACGUAUCAACUUAACAACGUAUCAACUUAACAACGUAUCAACUUAACAACGUAACAACUUAACAACAUGACAACGUAACAACGUGACAGCGCAAUGUGAUAUUGAACUUGACAGCGUAAUGCGGAAGCUUAAAGGGACAACGUAACGUAACUAUAUGACAACGUGACGGCGCAACGUGACGCGGUAGCUUUAUGCGUCAACUUAACACGACAGCGUGAAGUGACAACGUAACGUGACGGUGUGACAGCAUAAUGUCACAGCAUUACGUCACAACGUAACGUUACAACUGUAACAACUUAACUACUAUUAAUAAGCUUAGAUGCCUUUUUUACGUAGCUUUUCAUAACAAGUGCAACGUUGGGUGAAAAUCACACAAACUUUUGGUUUAACACGGACACAAACAGUGGUCUCUUGGGGGAAAGUCGUGUGUUUAGUAUUUUAAAAGUCCUAUAUUUUUUUUUUGUCCCAUCCAAUAUUCUUCCACCAUUAGUGGACAUUAUUGCUUGUUAUACUCAUUACAAUACCACAUGACUUUUAAUAACGGUCGCUCGAUAUACUACGUCACUUGCUCUGACUGAAUGCAAAGAUUUUGACGUAUCAAUGGUUUACAGAAACGCACAUUGCCAACACUUGUUCCUGGCAACUUGGCUUGUCUUGUGUGUGGAAACCCAAGUUGUUGUUUUUUUUUGUUUCUAUACCUGGGAAGUGUUUUUAGAGGAUUUGAACUACAUGAUGAAGUGAAAAUAAAAGCCAUGCUUAAAGGAUCAGUUCACCCAAAUUCCAAAAAUACAUAUUUACUAGCAAUACAGAUAGUGGACACCAGAGUCAGUAGGGUUCAUCAUCUGGGGACCAUGAAUAUUUGUAAUGUCAUAGCAAACAGUCAAUAGUUGAGAUAUUUUAGUCUGGAUUGUGACGUGUCUUUCUAGAAACAGUGUCCUGGUUCCUCACACUGUGAACAGAUUUCCUUCAUAGAAAGAAGAUCCAGUAAAAAGAGUGAGAGUGAGGAUGUGGAUUAUCCAAAUUACAUUUUUCAAUGUUGCUCCUCAAACAAACCUCCAUUCACCUCCAUUGUAAUGAGUUUGAAGCAGAAAUGUCAGAGACGGAUAUCUGGACAAAUAAAACUACCUGCGUGGCUUCAAACCAAAUAAGAAAAUAUGUUUUUAUUGUGAUUUGGGUGAACAGAUCUUUUAAAACCUUUAAUGAAUUAAACUCUUGCUGCUACAAUGUUAAAAAAAAGGCAUUAGAUAAUUUGUAAAAUACUCACUUCUGGGUUUGUUCAAUCAUAGAAAAAAGUCAAAUAACACAAAAAAUACAGCACUGUUUCAUUCAGUUAUUCUGAAAUCUGUUCCACGAUGAUAACAUGCAGAAUGUGAUGUUCUGUUGCCAUAUUUCUGAACAGCACAUUUGUGCAGUACAUGACCUCCUCCAUGCAGCUAUUUCCUUUUUUAAGAUGACAUUUCUUUGGACUGGAAUGCAACCGUUUGAAUCUGUUUUUCCUGAUGUUUGAUGCUUUGUCUCUGCUCGUCACCUCCACUUGUGCUGGACAAACAACACUCUUCAUCCCUUUUUCCAAAAAAAGAAGAAGAUCCUGCAUGUUUGUUACUGAAGUCCUUCUGUUGUCUGUGCUUUUUUUCCAUGUUGGUGUCUUUCGCUGUUUCCUCUGCGGGGGUGGGUGGGGGGUCGGGGGGGACAGACAUGUGAUUCCCGGGUCAAAGGUGAAUGUAUCAUUCUCGUGUGUUGUCAGAUUUGUUGUGGACAGGUGUUCAUUGUACUCAGUUGACUUCUAGGUCAUUGUGAAAGGGCAUGCUCGUGGUGAGAUGACUGUAUGUACUACAAGUUGUUAUCCAGCAGAGAGCGGGGGUCCAAUCUGUGAAGGUUUACAGUUAGAUUCUGAACCAGAUUCAUGACUUUCAGAUUUGAAAACCUCUGCUGUGAAACAAUAUGUAGAGGUGUGUGUAAAAAAACAAACUAUUACCUGUCCUUGAUAUGAUUUAUUUUGAUAAGAAAAGGCUCAAGUGAACGCAGUGUAAAGGUGGAUUCCUCUGGUGUGUCUACACGUUGAAUAAAGAGUUUCAUUUGAACAGC